UUUUACAUUUUGUACGUUUAUUCAAUCGCCCAGAAGUAUCAAGCGUUCAUAUUACCUAUUUUGCAUCUGUAUACAAUUUAUUCUAUCAUCUUAUCGCGGUAAGUUUUUGAAAGCUUAAGAUUAAUAAAAACGAAAAAAUUUAAUCCUCAAAAUGCCACAAAUAACAACCCUAACUUUUUCGCAUACCACAACUACCUGCAUGUGGUUUCUCGUACACUUUUUAUCGCGGGAAAAUUUUCACUCGGGCUUCUCAAAAAACCAACAGUGGUUUUCUAUUUUCUUGUUUUAUUCGGGUGAUUAAGGUAUCGAACAUAAGUACAUACACCCAACAUCCGCGUGAUACGCCUUAUCUGCGGCUGUUAAUAUGCCUAUAUAUACACAGACGCUUAUAAAAAUCAUCAUUUACUUCGAACACGCGUUUGUAUACCUAUGUAUUAUUUGCUCCUCGCUAUAUAUAUAAAGCACCUCAUCAUACAAUCUUUUAGGUUAGUUGGGGGUUUAGUUGGCGCGCGACGCUCCAGCAAUACUCCACGGCGCCUGACGGUUAUAAAAAAUAGUCGCGAUUCUAAAUUGACAUUGUAGAUCGAGCGUCAUUUAAAAUAAAAAAGUAUAGCCGACAACAUAUUCCUAUAGACAAUGGAGAACGAAAGGAUCAGUAAUAAGCCAGUGACAAAGAAAGUUUGCGUCAUCGGCGCGGGCGCGGCUGGAUUGUGCGCAGCGCGACACUUGGCCAAGAAUUCGAACGCGGGAUUCGAAUUCGCGGUUUUCGAAAAAACGGAUCGAGUCGGCGGUACUUGGUUAUAUACCGACAGGACUGGCAAGGACGAUAAUGGUUUACCCAUUCACUCCAGUAUGUAUAAAAAUCUCAGAACGAAUUUGCCAAAGGAACUAAUGAACUUUCCGGAUUACCGUGAGAUCAAGGGAGGAAAUCGAAGUUGUGUGUCUCACGACGUUAUUCGCGAUUAUUUGGAAGAUUAUGCCGUUCAUUUUGAUUUAAAACAGUACAUACGAUUUAAUACGAUAGUGGAAUCGGUGAAGCCUGAAAACGAUUCUCCAUUCACGAAGUGGAACGUAAAAGUGAAGCACGUGAAAACUUCAACUAACGAGGAAUACACUUACGACGCGGUUAUGGUUUGCAACGGUCAUUUCUUCGAGCCUUACACCCCCGAUAUUCCGGGGCUGAGCGACUUCAAGGGUCGCGUGAUGCACAGCCACGUUUACCGCAAACCGGAUAGCUUCGAAAACCAGAACGUUCUGGUUUUGGGAGCCUCGAGUUCAGGAGUCGACAUCGCCUUCGAGAUUUCCGAUCGGGCCACGCGGGUCUACCUCAGUCACAACAAUCCCAGAUUGUCCAACAAAAGCCCUCUACCCACUAAAGUAACGGAAGUACAAGGAGUUGACAAGUUCGAAUCCGGCGAAUUCGUCCUCCGCGAUGGCAGCCGAUUGAGGUGUAUCGACAGCCUCGUCUUCUGCACUGGUUACAAAUUCAGCUAUCCCUUCCUGCAAACUGGCUCCUGUGGCCUCGACGUCGACGACAACUUCGUAAAUCCUCUCUACAAACACCUCGUCAACGCCAGGCGACCCAGCAUGUGUGUCGUCGGCAUUCCUACUUCUGUCGUUCCUUUUCCAAUGUUUCACAUGCAGGUCCAGUACUAUCUAUCGAUCUUGAUCGGCAAAACCAGGCUGCCCUCGACGACAGCGAUGCUGGAGGAUUCGAACGCGAGUCUACAGGGUGGCAAGAAGAAGCGUCACGCGCACAAGCUGGCUGACGCUCAGUGGGAUUACAACGAUGGGCUGGCGAAGGAUGCAGGAAUCGAACCUCUGCCGAAGUUUUAUCGACGCGGCUUUGAACUUUGGAGCGUGAAUAGAACGAAGAAUCUUACGGAAUACAAGAAUUUGUCGAUGAGGGUAGGGAGUUUGGACGGCGAGGAUGUGGAAAUAGUCGUGUAGGAUAUGACUCAUGUGUGAUCGUGGAGAAUGAUUGUGACACGUUUUUAUGUAUAGAUUUAUUUGAAUUAUGACUUAUUAUAUCAAAGACCAAUCGUAUAUGUGAAAUAGAAAAAGGUAAAAAAGUUA